CGGAGUCCCCUCUCAAAAUGCUACUCCGCGGCCGAAGAGUCCCUUCAGGUACAGGAGCCGGAGCCCAAACCUGAGCUGGAGCCUCAGCCUCCCCUCGGGCCUGAGCCUCGGGGCCCGGCUCCCGGGUGUCGUUAAUGUUCGGGGCGGCCUGGAGCCAACCGAUCGGAGCUCGAGCCACGGCGAAACGCUGGCAUUUUAGUCGAACUAUGGAGGAACUGGUUCACGAUCUUGUCUCAGCCCUAGAGGAAAGUUCGGAACAAGCCAGAGGAGGAUUUGCAGACCCAGGAGAUCAUUCUCGAAGUAUGACUUGCCCCCUGAAACGCCAGGCAAGGAAAAGGAGAGGGAGAAAACGGCGGUCCUAUAAUGCUCAUCCUCCUUGGGAGACAGGCCACUGUUUAAGUGAAGGUUCAGACUCCAGUUUAGAGGAACCAAGCAAGGACUACAGAGAGAACCACAAUAAUAAGAAGAAAGAUCACAGUGACUCUGAUGACCACAUGUUAGUAGCAAAGCGCAAACCAUCAUCCAACCUAAAUAAUAUUAGAGGUAAACGACCCUUAUGGCAUGAGUCAGAUCUUGCUGUAGAUAAUUUAGGUAACAGAACACUCCGUAGAAGAAGAAAGGUGAAACGCAUGGCAAUAGAUCCACCGUCUGAAAUCUCUAACCCUCUGACACUGCCCCAGCAGCAUGAAAAUAGAGAUCAAGAAAUGGACAAUGACUGUAGGUCUUACCAACACCAAGAAUUCAGUAAAAACAAAGUAAAAAAAAGGAAAUUAAAAAUCACUAGACAAGGACUGAAAAUACAAGACGAUGGAGUGGUUUGGGAAAGUGAAGAAUUGGUCCAAGUCAAUAAGGAUAAAAUGGAAUAUGAAGAACAAAAAGGCUCAGAUGAGAUCAUGAGUGAAAGUGACUCCAGCAGCCUCAGCAGCACUGAUGCUGGUUUGUUUACCAAUGAUGAGGGAAGACAAGGUGACGAUGAACAGAGUGACUGGUUCUACGAAAAGGAGUCAGGCGGGGCAUGUGGCAUCGCAGGAGUCAUUCCCUGGUGGCAGUCAGAAGAGUCUACGGAACUAGGAAAAGAAUUACCAGAUCCUGUCUUUCAGAGUAUCUUAAGUGGCUCUUUUCCUCUUAUGUCACCUUCAGGCAGAAGAGGUUUCCAGGCUAGACUCAAUCAUCUACAUGGAAUGCCCUCAAAGAAUAUCAAAAAAUCUGGAGGAAAUUCUACUACAAUGGUUGCUACAGCUGGCCCAGUAAGUAACAAGAGAAUGGUUCACUUUUCCCCUGAUUCCCAUCACCAUGAUCAUUGGUUUAGCCCUGGGGCCAGGACAGAGCAUGGCCAGCUUCAGCUCCUGAGAGAUAAUCGAUCAGAACGAGGACACAAGAAAAAUUGUUCUGUGAAAACUGCAAGCAGACAAACAAGUAUGCAUUUAGGAUCCUUGUGCAUGGGAGAUAUCAAACGGAGAAGAAAGGCUGCACCCUUGCCUGGACCUACUGCAACAGGACUUGUAAGUGAAAAUGCUCAGCCGAUCCCAGAGACCAACAUUGGAAACCGAAUGCUUCAGAGCAUGGGCUGGACACCUGGGACAGGCCUUGGAAGAGACGGCAAGGGGAUGUCUGAGCCAAUACAGGCCAUGCAGAGGCCCAAAGGAUUAGGACUUGGAUUUAGCCGACAAAACACCACACCACCAAGUAAUGUCCCCAAAUCAGGAAAAUCUACCUAAGAAGAUGAUGGUAUGCUUAGGCUUUUUCCCAGAAACCUAGUUGUUCUCAAUUUAUAAUAUAGCUUCCAUUUAUGAAGCAGCAACCAACAUGCCUCAAAUCUGCCACACCAGAGUACCAUCAGUGUUUAGUCCUGCCUCAACAGGAAGACACAAAUUUCAGUCACAAUUCAUGGUGCUAAAGUGGAAUCCUAAUUGUACUUGUUUUCAAUAUUUUAAAUCAACUUCUAAUGAUAAAAUACAGCCCAUUUUUUCCAUUAAGGUAUUUAGAAAUUAGCAAUUUUAGACCCCUUGCCUAGGGCAUGUGGGGAACAUGCAUAUGCAUAUGAUUGGGUUUAUGUUCUUCACAUUAUCCAAAAUGCUAGUUUACCCAGAAGACUAAGCCCUAGACAGAUACUUCUUUGGUAAUCAUGGUAGCUUCGUGGUCCUUGAGUUUCACAUUUUGUGAAGAUUUGUUAGUAGGGUGACACCCAUCAGGUUCCCAUCCUAGGUUGACAUGGUAUACAGUUUUUACAUAUGACAACCAAUUCCUACAUAUUUUCCUAGGAAAUUAAAACAAAAAUAUACCUUAUCUCUUGAUAAAUGAUCACCACUGAGUGCCCUCAACACUACUGAAAUGCAGCUUUUUAUGCAUUUUUACCUCAUUUAAGACCUAAAAUGAACAAAUGUCGAAUGAAAAGCAUAUUUUUAAAUUCACCCUAACUGAGCCGUAUGAUCUCUUAAUUUAGACCAGUCUCUACCUCUAUUCCCCUUAAAUAGUUCAUUAUAAGAUAACUCAGUUGUACCAAACUGAUUUUAAAUUUUGAUCAUUGCAGUAAGGCCUUAGAAUAAAAAUUUGCCUCUAGUAGUAACAGAAAUUGAGAGAUUUCUAACAGUAGCCUACCCCAAGAUGUAAAUUCUGAGAUAUUCAAGGGAACAGCCAGACAAGUGAAAGAACAAACUGGUCCUUUAAAAUCAAACAGGACAGGCAUUUUAAUUAUGUGCCUAAUUUAGUAUCCAAGUAUUCACCAAUCAAGUACUGCGCUAAAUAGGAGCAGGUAUACAGACACACUUUUCAUGUAUGUAAAAAGCUGUGCUGUGUUCUGCCCUGUUCUCAUUGUUUUUAAAGUAGUGUUAGUAUUAAUAAUACUAUUAAAAUGAUGAGUUUUUAUUGGAUGACUAAAUGCUAGGGUAGUACAUUAGGAGGCUUCUCUCAAAAUUUUUUGUAAAUAACUAAUUAGUCAUCAGAGUAUUUAAAACACAAGCACACUCAACCUACCACUUCCUUAUCCUCUGAAGGAAACAGUGAUGAUAUGGAAGAGAUUGGCCUGCUGUUUAAAUGCCUUGAAAGUUUUGCCAAAUACAUACAUUUCUUUUAAGAAUUCUCCUCUUUUGAAUCUGAGAUGGGGAGUGCCCUGAGAAUAGAAAGGGCAGGAGGGAGGGGAGGGAUGGGGUAAUGAUAGUUUGCUCUUUUGUGCUGCUAGCCAAAUAUUCAUGUUGCACAAAGGAACUGGUUUAUUUAUGAACUGCUGUUCAAUGCUGUCCAACAAGUGUGUUGUGUAGGAAAUUAAGGGGUGUGUGUGUGUGUGUGUGUGUGUGUGUGUGCACGUUUAUAUAUGUUUAGAAAGGGGACUGGAGCAAAAUGUGUCUAUGGCUUUAAAAAAAAAUUAGCAUAUAACAUCCUCAGCCAUAUUGGAAAAAGAUUUUAAGAAAUGUCAUUGCCUGAGAAUCCUACAGCUCUAGAAUUGUGAAAAUCUCAAGUUUUCAGGUGAUGGUAGAAUUAUCUCUGUGUCUAAGUGAUCAAGAUUUGACUGAUACUUGUUUUUCAACUUCACUGUCUGGGCUGCAGAAUUCUAGAGAAUUCAGUCAUGAAAGGGAAAAAUCAGUGAUGAUUCCAUUCAGCUUGUGAACAACUGUUUUGGAUGAAGUCUAGAGUUGUUCAUGGCAGCAUUCGAUCUUAGCUGUGGGUAUUUGUUUUCACUACUGUGUUUAUGAAAGUGUAUCAUUUCUUCCACACAAAGUGACUGCUCUGAGACUUAGCACACAAAGCCCUUGUGGUCCUUGUAACUAACCAUGGUACUUGUGACACAAACAUUAUAUUGUUCAUAUUGUCAUUGAAUGUAAAAUAGCUGUCACCCUUUAAAAUUGAUAUGUGUUGCACACCAAGAAUUUCAAAAACACGUGUGAACCAAAGUUCAGAGUGGAGAGAUGGGAGUAUCCCAAGUUGACUUGGUAUGCACCCAGAUCUUUGCUCCAGAGCCUGUAUUAAUUCACCAUGAUGGUCCUAUAGGAGAAAGGUACCCAAGGUGACUUGUCAGCAUACAAAUUCUGGUCUGAAAUAUGGAAGAUUCUGAUUUUAAAUCAAACCUCUGUUAAAGCACAAAGCACACUAAGUUAGAUGAUGUUUAGACAUUAUCAUGGUUUGGUGGGUUUUUAUUUUUGUUUUUUUGGGUUUUCUUAUUUUGGGUUUUGGGGGCUUUUUUGUUUUGUUUUGUUUUGGUUUGGUUUUUUGCCAUUUAUAAUUCCUAUAGGACCAAAGCAUUCAGUGGAGUGUGCAGUUUAGAAUGACUUGUUUGUCUCUCCAUAGAAAGGUAGCAAGAUAAUUUCUCUAUACUGCCAAAAGGCAGCCCUUGUUACCCUUCUAGUCAAAAGCCUCUUAUUGGCCUAAUUGAUUGCAUUAAAGAUCUAUGUGGAAAUUUUAGAGAAUGCAGAGAUCUAACAAUGCCUAUUAACCCCUACCCUUCAGAUAACCAGAUUACUCCAUUCUCUGGCAAUGGCAUUGAGAGUUUUGUCAAAAUGCAUUUGAAUUAGCUUUCCACAGAUUUUUUUUUUAUCAUUUAGUACUACCAAAUUGAUCUGAGAGAGUACUGUACAUUUCAGUUUUUUUCCAGAAUUUCAGUAUGUUGAGAUUUUAUCACACUCAAAUACAGUUAUCUUUAUUUUAAAAUAAUAGGGAAUGCUUUUAAAAAUCCUAUUGUUAUCUGAAACUAAUUGGAUCGUCUCUACAUUUGAUUUCAUAGGCCUUCCAGUUUAUACCAUGGCAUUAACCAACAGCAAAACCAUAGCUAUAGCUAAGAGGACAUAUGUGUGUGUACCUAUGUGUAUAAAUGUAUGUGCAUGUGUCACUACAUGUGCCUUCUGAUAUACAUGCAUUGGAUGUAAAAUAUGCAUUGUGUUGUUAUGUUUAUCUUCACACUAUGUACUGAUGUACUUGUAAUUAAUUGAACAGUUGAUUUAAUUGACAGCAAUUUCACUUUGAGCAAAUAUUUGAAGAAGAAAAAUUACUGUUAACAUGCUUGUUUUAACCAUUUCCCUCUACAUUUUGUUUUCUGUAGAAACAGUUGCAAUUGUUAUUCUAAAAUAAAACUGUAUGGGCAAAAAAAAAUUGGUUUUAAAGGUAUAUGGAAGGCUGUGCUAACAAUUCAACAAAAAUAGAAAUAAAUAAAGCAUAAAAGAUUUUCUGGUUAAGCA